AUGAGUAAGAUCAGUGCUACUGUAGACCAAGGAAAGAACGUUGAAAUUAUUCCAAGUAAAUUUAUUACCAACCCAACAACAGAGAAUCGCCAAGUUAAUGAAAAUCUACAACAGUUCAUUAGCCAGCUUGAAUUAAUCAAGCACCCAGAAGGUGGCUAUUAUAAGGAGACUGAUAGAUCUCCCUUCACAAUGGAGGUCAAAGAGGGAACAAGAAAUUAUAGUACUUUGAUCUAUUAUUUAUUGACUCCAGAAUCUCCAACUGGUAAACUACACAAGAACAAAAACCGUAUUGUUCAUAUUUUACAAAGAGGUCGUGGACAAUACGUCUUGAUUCAACCUAACGGUGAAAUUAAAUCGUUCAAAGUUGGAUUCGAUUACGCCAAUGGAGAAAUCUCUCAAUGGGUGGUUCCUGGCGGUGUCUAUAAGGCUAGCUUCUUAUUAGAGAACAAGGACUUUAACGAUGGCCUCUUGAUAAGUGAAGUCGUUGUACCUGGUUUUGAUUUCGAAGACCAUCAAUUCAUGAAAGAUAACACUGAAUUGAUUGAAUUGGUCGGAGAGACAAAAGCUUCUCAAUUGGAAUUCUUACUAUAA